GUUGCUGUCUGUUCCCGCGCGGCAUCGACCAUAGUUUGUCCUGCUGCACUCCUCCGCACGCCGCAUUUCCGCUUAAGUACUCGCCGCGGGCAUUGUCAGUAGUCACGCCAGGCCUCUUUGGACAUCCCUCCCAUCGCCGCCAGCACCCUUCUCAGCGGGGACCUCCUCGUCGACCGCCAGUGCACCGACUCGCCGUCUCGCGAUAAUUUCUCCGCGGUCUCCCAAAGACGAGCAGCAUCCUUCGCCUCCUUCGCCUCCUGCACUCCUCAUAGCGACCCCCGAGGCUGCACGCGCCUGUCUCUGCCCGUCCUCAAUGCUACACACAUAGAACGCCGACACCCGCUUCCUGCCCGCAGCCAUGGCUGCUGAAACAUACUCCGGGCUCGCCGACUAUAUCAAGAACCUCGCAAGAGCCCACGAUCCAUCCCGCGAUGCCUCCUUCAAGGCCCAGAUAGCCGCCAACAGCGCAAACUUCACCGCCAAUGCUAUCCAACUGCCCGGCCCCGACUGCGCAGAGAAGGCCGAGCUGCAGAAGGAGAUUGCCGCUCUCUGCGCGCGGAUAGGCUUCCUUGAGCAGAAAAGCAAUGCUGUUGUUUACCCGGACGCAUUGCCCAUCACACCCGCGGGCGAGCCUGCUGAAGAGGGUCUGGUCUACACAUCAGCUGGACCCUUCAGCAAGCCUAGCGCACCCUUCGACCGCCGCGGUUCUACCAGGGAGCAGCGAGCGCUCUGGGUCAGCAACUGGCUCGCAGCAAAGGAGUCCAAUGGCGACCAUGCCCAGGAGCCUGCGGCUGCCCUUACGGAAGAGCAGCUCAACUACCUGCGCGACCACCUGAACAAGCAGGCCGACCAGAUAAAGAACCAGCGCGAGCACAUUGACAACUUGAGCGCCGAGGUAAAUAAGCAGCUGAACAACCAGAACAUGGUAUUUGAGCAUGGUAUUGAAGACAUCGGCGCCCUGAAGCGUGAGCUCGGCAAGCAUCAGCAGGCCAACUUGGCUUUCCAGAAGGCUCUGCGCGAGAUUGGUGCCAUUGUCACAGCCGUCGCUAUGGGCGAUCUGAGCAAGAAGGUUUUGAUCCACGCUAAGGAAAUGGACCCUGAAAUCACACUGUUCAAGCGCACGAUCAAUACCAUGGUGGACCAGCUGCAGGAGUUUGCCAGUCAAGUUACCUUUUUGGCCCGAGAAGUCGGUACUGAGGGCAGACUCGGUGGGCAGGCAAAUCUCCCAGGUGUUGAUGGUAUUUGGGCUGAACUGACCGACUCUGUCAACGACAUGGCUAAGAACCUUACCGAGCAGGUGCGAGAAAUCGCCGUUGUUACAACCGCUGUCGCCCACGGCGACUUGAGCAGAAAGAUUGAGCGUCCUGCAAGGGGAGAAAUUCUCCAGCUGCAACAGACUAUUAACACCAUGGUGGACCAACUGCAAUCGUUUGCGACCGAGGUCACGAAAGUGGCCAGAGAUGUCGGUACUGAAGGCAAGCUUGGUGGUCAGGCCGAGAUCGCUGGUGUUAAGGGCAUGUGGAACGAGCUGACCGUCAAUGUGAACGCUAUGGCGCAAAAUCUCACAACCCAGGUGCGAGAUAUCGCUCAAGUAACAACGGCUGUCGCACAAGGUAACCUCACUCGGAAGGUUGAGGCUGAGUGCAAGGGCGAGAUUUUGGAACUCAAGAACACGAUCAACCGCAUGGUUGACCAACUACAACAAUUCGCACACGAAGUCACGAAGAUUGCGAGAGAAGUCGGAUCUGAAGGUAGACUGGGUGGCCAGGCUACAGUCCAUGGAGUCGAGGGAACCUGGAAGGACCUGACUGAGAAUGUGAACGGUAUGGCCAUGAAUUUAACGACACAAGUACGAGAGAUCGCCGAAGUCACCACAGCUGUAGCAAGAGGAGAUCUCAGUCGAAAGGUCAAGGCCGAAGUCCAGGGUGAGAUUCUGUCCCUGAAGAUUACCAUCAACACCAUGGUGGACCGCCUCAACACCUUUGCCCAGGAAGUGAGCAAGGUUGCCCGUGAAGUCGGAACCGACGGUAUCCUGGGUGGACAAGCACAGGUCGACAACGUGGAAGGAAAAUGGAAGGACCUUACAAAUAACGUCAACACCAUGGCGCAAAACCUGACAUUACAAGUACGAAGUAUCUCGGAAGUCACACAGGCCAUUGCCAAGGGAGACAUGAGCAGGAGAGUACACGUGGAUGCCGAGGGAGAAAUUCGUCUGCUGAAGGACACUAUCAACGACAUGGUCAUGAGACUCGACGAGUGGUCGCUUGCUGUAAAGCGUGUGGCUCGCGAUGUCGGUGUCGACGGAAAGAUGGGUGGUCAGGCAGAUAUCCGGGACAUCGACGGACGCUGGAAGGAGAUCACAACCGACGUCAACACGAUGGCCCAGAACUUGACUUCGCAAGUGCGCGCUUUCGGCGACAUCACAAACGCGGCCAUGGAGGGCAAGUUCACGCAGAUCACAGUCGAGGCGUCCGGUGAGAUGGACGAGCUGAAGAGGAAGAUCAACCAGAUGGUCUCCAGUUUACGAGAGUCCAUCCAGAGGAACACGGCCGCCAGGGAGGCUGCCGAGUUGGCCAACAAGACCAAAUCCGAGUUCCUGGCCAACAUGUCCCACGAGAUCCGAACACCUAUGAACGGUAUCAUUGGUAUGACACAGCUCACGCUCGAUACCGAUCUUACACAUGCUCAGCGAGAGAUGUUGACGAUUGUACACAACCUGGCUGGUCAGCUCUUGACCAUCAUCGACGACAUUCUCGAUAUUUCCAAGAUCGAAGCGAACCGCAUGGUCAUGGAGGAGAUACCAUUCUCGAUUCGUGGCACGAUCUUCAACGCGCUGAAGUCGUUAGCUUCAAGGGCCAACGAGCGCAAGCUGAACUUGGCCUAUGAUGUUUCCUUCAGAGUACCAGAUUAUGUUAUCGGUGACUCUUUCAGAUUAAGACAGAUUAUCUUGAACCUUGUUGGAAACGCUAUCAAGUUUACUGAGCGCGGAGAAGUCAAGGUUGCCAUAAGUAUGGCGCAAGAGCAGGACUGUGGUCCGGAUCAGUACGUCUUCCAAUUCGCUGUCUCCGAUACGGGCAUAGGUAUCCGUGGUGACAAGCUCAACUUGAUCUUCGACACGUUCCAGCAAGCCGAUGGUUCGACAACAAGGAAGUUCGGUGGUACUGGUCUUGGAUUGUCUAUCUCGAAGCGUCUUGUAACCCUCAUGGGUGGCCGCAUGUGGGUCGAGUCUGACUUUGGCAAGGGCAGUGUGUUCUACUUUACCUGCAGAGUUCGUCUCGGAAACCCCGACAUCAGCGCUAUCCAGCCCAACCUCAGGGCGUACAACGGUCACACUGUCAUCUUCAUCGAUCAAGGCCACACCAACUUCUCCGAAGAAGUGGUCAAUCACCUCAAGACCCUCAAACUCGUUCCUAUGGUCGUCAGCUCAGUCGAAGAAGUGCCAGCAUCGGACAAGAGAACUAACAUUGCUUACGAUUGCGUCAUUGUUGACAACGACGCUACAGCACGAGAGCUGAGGGGCGCAGAUCGCUUCAAGUACAUUCCGCUUGUCAUGCUCACACCCAGAGUGGCGAUAAGCCUGAGGUCUGCUCUUGAGAACGGUAUUUCGAGUUACAUGACGACACCUUGCCUGCCGAUCGAUCUGGGUAACGCGCUCAUUCCAGCAUUGGAUGGACGUGCUGCACCUUUGGUCUCUGAUCACUCGAAGUCCUUCAACAUCCUGCUUGCUGAAGACAAUGCUGUCAACCAGAAGCUUGCCGUUCGCAUUCUGGAGAAGUACCAUCACAGGGUCACUGUGGCCAACAACGGUCUGGAAGCAUUCGAGCACAUCCAGAAGAAGCGCUACGACUGCGUUCUUAUGGAUGUGCAGAUGCCUGUAAUGGGUGGUUUCGAAGCUACAGCAAAAAUUCGUGAGUGGGAGCGCGAGAACGGCAUCCCGUCAACAGCAGUUAUCGCCCUCACUGCCCACGCCAUGGUCGGCGACCGCGAGAAGUGCCUCGCGGCGCAGAUGGACGACUACCUUUCCAAACCCCUCCGCCAGAAUCAGCUCAUCCAGACUAUCCUCCGAUGCGCAACAAUGGGUGGCGGUCUCUACGACGCCUCACACUCCAAAGACAACCUCUCGGCUCCCACGCUCGGCCACCCCGACACCUCUCCCAACGCCACACCCCGCGCAACGCCGUCGAAACGCCCCCAGCUCGAAGCCCGCGGCUUCACAGAGCGCGGGCCCGCAGCUGUCGAGUCGCCGAAGCUGCUCGCGGCCGACCAAACAGAUGAUUCUGUGCAAGGGGUACUGUUGAGAUCCAUGUCUGACAUGAACUGAACGAGGCUGAUGAUGGCGCAGUCGCUUCUGAGAAGUCAUAGUAGCUGACUAUCUUCGGACAAGAGGAAGAGGGGGAAGGGGGAUGAUGG